GUUUGUACCUACCUAAGGUAGAGCGUUCCUGUGCCGGCGUCGCCGCCUUCCCUUUGAACUUCAAUUUGUACAUGCUUCUCUUCUUUCCCUAAUAACUUAUUUAAAGCCUCUCCCCGCAUUUAUAGAUUUUCAACCGGUCAGCCGCCUGUCUUAGUGAUUCUCCCUCCCUUUUCCCUUACUUUCUCACGACGUAGUUUCUUUUAUUAUUCAUAUCUACCUAACCUACCUCCUCUCGUUCGGACUUCAGCGUGCGUGUGCGCCGAGAUAAAGCUUUUCCUCAAGGGGGUCACGAAGUUAAGGGAAAUAGUAUUAGUAUUUCAAAGCUCUUUUCAAGAUGCCCGUUGCCGAAGGUGCUCCGCAGACCUUGUACGACAAGAUUCUAGCUGCUCAUGUCGUGGAUGAGAGGCUCGACGGCACAGUCCUUAUCUAUAUCGACAGACACCUUGUCCACGAGGUCACUUCACCUCAAGCCUUUGAAGGCUUAAAGAAUGCAGGACGCCACGUACGACGACCAGACUGCACUCUUGCCACCACAGAUCACAAUGUUCCCACAAAGUCCCGAAAAGGCAUCAAGGACAUUGCCACCUUCAUCGAACAAGACGACUCCCGCAUACAGUGCAUAACUCUGGAGGAGAACGUUAAAGAGUUCGGUAUCACCUACUUCGGUCUAGGCGACAAACGUCAGGGCAUUGUCCAUGUCAUCGGCCCCGAGCAAGGUUUCACCCUUCCCGGUACCACUUUGGUCUGUGGUGACAGCCACACCUCUACACAUGGUGCUUUUGGCUGCUUCGCCAUUGGUAUUGGUACCAGUGAAGUCGAGCACGUCCUAGCCACCCAAUGCCUUAUCACCAAGAGAAGCAAGAAUAUGAGGAUACAAGUCGAAGGUGAGCUGGCACCUGGCGUUAGCUCCAAAGAUGUCGUUCUCCACGCUAUUGGCUUAGUUGGAACCGCUGGCGGCACUGGCUGUGUCAUUGAGUUCUGCGGCUCGGUCAUCCGUAGCUUAAGCAUGGAGGCUCGUAUGUCUAUCUGCAACAUGUCAAUCGAGGCCGGUGCCCGAGCUGGUAUGGUGGCCCCAGAUGAUAUCACCUUCGAGUAUCUUAAGGGCAAGCCUCUGGCUCCUCCUUACGGCACGCCCGAAUGGGAUCGUGCUAUCAAGUACUGGAAGACUCUCCAGUCGGACCCCGGCGCUAAGUACGACGUUGAUGUCCAAAUCGAUGCCAAGGAUAUUAUCCCAACUGUGACCUGGGGUACAAGUCCCGAGGACGUCAUCCCCAUCACCGGUGUUGUACCCGACCCGGAAACAUUCAAGACCGACGCGAAGAAGGCAGCUGGCCGAAGGAUGCUCGAAUAUAUGGGCCUCACUCCCGGCACUCCUAUGGAAGAGAUUGUUGUUGACAAGGUCUUCAUUGGUUCCUGCACAAACUCGCGAAUCGAGGAUCUCCGAGCUGCUGCUCAAGUCGUCAAGGGCAAGAAGAAGGCCGAUAACGUCAAACGCGCCAUGAUUGUACCCGGUUCCGGAGUCAUCAAAGACCAAGCUGAAGCUGAGGGCCUUGAUAAAAUCUUCCUCGAUGCCGGGUUUGAAUGGAGAGAAGCGGGAUGCAGCAUGUGCCUUGGCAUGAACCCUGAUAUUCUAUCACCUAAGGAGCGAUGUGCGAGCACGAGCAACCGAAACUUCGAGGGUAGACAAGGUGCUCAGGGUAGGACACAUCUGAUGUCCCCAGUCAUGGCGGCGGCGGCUGCCAUCGUUGGCAAGCUUGCCGACGUCCGAAAGCUGACUGAGUAUACGGCCAGCCCCCAUAUUGAAGCUUACAAAUUAAACACUACAACAUCGUCGGGCAAGGCGCACGUCGAUGAGAGCAUCGAGGAUGACGACACCGCCAAGGAAAGACUUGCUGAUCAGCCUGAGGACGUUUCGCCGCAUGUUAACACCGCUGCUACGGAGGCUGCCGGCUCCCAGGGUCUACCCAAAUUCACCGUCCACAGGGGAAUUGCUGCUCCCCUAGACCGAUCUAAUGUCGAUACCGACGCCAUCAUCCCCAAGCAGUUCCUCAAGACUAUCAAGCGAACUGGUCUCGGUACUGCUCUAUUCCACGAUUCAAGAUUCAACGAGGAUGGCACGCCUAACCCCGAUUUCGUUCUUAACCAAGAACCAUGGACGAAUGCCAAGGUCUUGGUCUGCACAGGGCCUAACUUCGGAUGUGGUAGUUCAAGAGAACACGCUCCUUGGGCCUUGAACGAUUUCGGCAUCCGAUGUAUUAUUGCUCCGUCAUUCGCCGACAUCUUCUUCAACAACACCUUCAAAAACGGCAUGCUACCCAUCGCCAUCAAGAACCAGGCCGACCUCGACAAGAUUGCCGCGGAAGCCCGUGCUGGUAAGGAGAUCGAAGUUGAUCUUCCCAACCAAGUCAUCCGCGACGCUGCCGGCAACGAGCUCUGCGGAUUCGAAGUCGAGGAAUUCCGCAAGCACUGCUUGGUCAACGGUCUCGAUGAUAUCGGCCUAACCCUCCAACUUGAGGACAAGAUUGUCGACUACGAGAAGAAGGCCUCUGCUAGGACCCCCUGGGUCGAUGGCACGGGAUACCUGAAGAGGAAAGGACGCGGCGGCCGAUUGGCGGUUAAGCCGGUUCCGGUACCUGCGACAAAUCGCGGACAGGAACUGAAGGACCCUAUCGACUGGUAAAGGAAACGGAUAGGGCUUUUUUGAUGCGUUGAUUUACAUCCACGGGUUCGGCGUUUCGCUGGGAAAAUGAAUGGUCUUUUAAAAAGGGACGAUUUUAAAUGCAGCACUUGCUUGCGCCGUUGAUUUAAUUUACUGCGGCUUACGUUGGGCGAGAAAUGAAACAUUAUGGAAUGGAAUGGCGGUAGCGAUGGUUACCGGUUACCUUGAGACAUUUCAGGUCAGGAUCAGUUAUGCCCUUUGCAUGAACGAAUUCAGUUUCGACGCCUAGGGUUAAUAUGAUGAUGCGGUGGAUUAUAUAGUCCUAAAUAAAUGGAUUGUCUUUGACAAAAAGUAUGUCUGGUUUGCCUUGCUUCAUUAAAAACCUCGAGUGAUUAAGA